AUGACGUUAGCAAGUGGUCGGAAAAAAUCUUAUUUGCGUUCAAGUUUGUGCAAUAUACAACUAAGACUAUCUGACGACUACCUUUUUCUAUUUUCAGGAUUUGAAUCGAUGUUUUUUAUGCUUGGAGUGGACUGCGGUGCAACGUUUUUUGGAUUACUUUUUCACGCAAUUGGAGUACGCAGCACACUUAUCCUUUAUGCUGGUAUGACUGCCAUUAUGUUCGCCAUAUUUCUGUGUUAUCUUAAAUUUUCAAAACAUGUCAAUGAGUACGAGAAGUUACCUGUAGACAGUGAUGAUGAUGUUGAUGAUAGCGAUGCUAAUGAUGAUAACAAACAUAUUAAUAACUUGAAGUAA